GGAAAAAAAUGUUUUAAGCAGAAUGCACUAACAUUUUCUUCACAUUUUCCUCACACUUCAAUUUGUUUUCUUUAUCUUCCAUGUUCACAAUCACAAGUUGACCCCGUGUAUUUGCGUGUGUGGUCGCCUUGGCCCUUACGCGAGGAGAGUCCAGACAAAUACUUCUCCAUCACCGUCAGAAGCACAGCACCCUGACCACCAGACCACAUAGAUAUUAAACCAGUACAACCCUUCAUAAUGAUAGUAGUUGAGAACUUGAGAUUAAUCAAUUUUGGUGGCGAAUUCAAAGUCUUCUUUGGUUGUUGACCCCCAAUUCUUUGGGUUGCUGUUAGUUUUCAGUCUUUGUAUUGUUUUUCAGAGCUCAAAUUCAUUGUUCAUUCGUUUUUCUUGACAAUUCUUGGAAAGUAGUAACUUUUCUUGACGAUUCUUGGAAAACCCAAGUCCAAGAAGAAGCAAAAGGAUGCAAAAUUCCCAGGCAGUCACUGGUGCUGCUGUAGAUGAUCCUCCCCAGGCUGAUCCCCAACCUGGAGGCCCCAGUGAUGAACUCGUUAAUUCUCGACCAAAUCUAAAGCGCUCAGAUCUCUCCCUUCAAAUACCUACUAAACCACCCAUAAGUUUUGGAAGUAGCCGUAGUGGGAAAAAUUUACUCCAGUCUCAGGAUGCCUCAAGUGGUAGUCCUUCAUCAAGGGGGUUUUUCCGCGGUUUAAGUUUCAAAAAGAAGGUUACUAUAACAGAUGCUGAAAAAAGCUCUCUUCUCAAUCCAGACCUUAAGACAACUCCAGAAAGUCCUGUUUUAGAAUAUUCCACAUUUUCUUGGAAAAAAUGUGCUUCUGUUCCUGUGACACCUGCAUCAAACCUGUCCCCUUAUGCUUCCACGCCUUCUUCAACAAGGACUUAUAGUGAGCGGGUCAAAUCGCAUGUAGGGUCAGUUCAUGCUCCAGUUUCGCGGUCUCUUUCUAUCCCUGGGCGAAAUGUUGUUAUUGUAAGAUCCUUUUCUUUUGCUGCAUCCAAGGAACAUGCUGAAACAGAUACUAGCGAUGAUCAAAUAACUCCUGUUCCAACGGAACAUGACGAUGAAGAGAUUCCUGAAGAGGAAGCAGUAUGUAGGAUCUGUUUGGAUGUAUGUGAGGAAGGAAAUACACUCAAAAUGGAAUGCAGUUGUAAGGGCGCCCUUAGGCUUAUUCAUAAAGAAUGUGCAGUGAAAUGGUUUAGCACGAAAGGGAACAGGAAUUGUGAUGUCUGUGGGCAAGAGGUUUUGAACUUACCAGUAACCUUGCUUAGGAUGCCAAGUUCUAUUCAAAGAAAUGACAGGUUGGAGCAAAAUCUACAAAAUUUGGAUGCACAAACAAUAAGUGCCUGGCAGGAUUUUGUGGUGCUCGUCUUGAUUAGUACAAUAUGCUAUUUCUUCUUUCUUGAGCAGCUAUUGAUUGGUAACAUGAAAACACAAGCGAUCGUGGUUGCUGCACCAUUCUCUUUUACAUUGGGUCUUCUGGCAUCAAUAAUUGCAGUCCUCCUAGCAAUCAAGCAAUACAUAUGGACAUUUGCGGCUCUUGAGUUUGCACUUGUUGCUAUAAUUCUUCACCUAUUCUAUUCUUGGCUUCAGUUGGCGGCUGUUUAUGCUAUAAUGCUAUCAUCAGUUUUGGGUUUUGGUAUUUCAAUAAUCCUCAACUGGCUAUAUAUCCGACAUUUUACCUGGAGAGUCCAAGCUUCCCAAAACUCUAGCCCUGUAUAAACUCGUUUCGACAAAUAGGGCUCAUGUUGGUUGUGUUUUCGUAGGGGUGGUAUUGAGUAAAGGAAAGAACAAUAGUGGUGGUGUAAGUAAUACUUUCAAUGGUUAAAAUAAGAGUAAUAUUGGUUGUACCC